AUGUCAUGUUCCGUGCAGUUUGGGAAUUUUCCUGCGAGUGUUCUCCCUGAGGGCUGGACGCUCACCACCGUGGAAGUUCCCGCGGCCCACCCGUUUGGCCGGCAUGGGAGACACGAGGAGAUGACACACAUCUAUGUCCAAUCGAUGCCUUAUGGAGGCGUGCAAGAGCGAAUGGGGGUCAAGGUCAACUACACCCUGUCCAGAAGCAUGUGGCUCCCCGAUGAGGACUGGGAGGCCGAAUGCCUCUGGUUUCUGGCUCAUCGCACGUUCCCCGCGCAUCGACAGGACCACCGUCGACAGGGCCAUGAGUGGAUGGAGCCGAUGUUCGCAGUAGUCCGUGCCGAGGAAUUCAUCUCGCUGUUCCGGGAGAUCGAGACGCCUGCGGUAGGGGAGAAAUUCGAGCGGGACGUUCUUCCAACCACCGCGAGAACCAUUCGGCGGUAUGAAUAUCGGGGCCGCAAGAUCUUCGACAAGAAUGUGCACCGUCGUCUGUUGGAGCAGUGGGCCGAAAUAAUCCGGCAGGAUUCUUCGUUGGCCACGAGAUACAAUACGCGCACCGCUCAGCUUACACAUCGUGCUGCGAUGAGCACCAGUGCCACCAACGGUAACGGUGCCAAUGAGCAGCCUUCGGUCGGAGAUAAUGCGUUCAGUGAUUCCUAUCAGAUUAACCUCUUUGACUAG